UUGGUAUUUCUACUUGUUUUUUAUACACCCAUGAUAAUAACCGGUAACCUACAAUACGUACAGCAUAUAAUUGACAUUUGAACUUUGCAUAUUAAUUUACAAUUCCCUUGAUGUUGUAGUGCCAAUAUUAAUGUAAGAUAAUUGCGCAACUUUUAUAAAAACAUAUUCACGAUGGUUGAGGAAUCGGAACAGUUGCCGCCAAUUGACGUGAAGGAACCCUUGGACCUCAUAAAAUUGAGCCUGGAGGAGCGGAUUUACGUAAAAAUGAGGAACGAAAGAGAGCUCCGAGGAAAAUUACACGCUUUUGACCAACAUUUGAACAUGGUGCUAGGUGAUGUGGAGGAGAUUAUAAAUAUAGUGGAGAUUGAUGAAGAAACAUACGAGGAAAUCUAUCGUCAGAAAAAAAGGACCAUCCAAAUGUUGUUUGUGCGCGGCGAUGGCGUGAUUCUGGUAUCUCCACCUACAUAAGAUUACUAAAUGCUUGUAUGAUAUCUCUCUCUUGUAAAGUUAUAAAUAUUUCACAUUUAAUAUUUCAUUUAAAGUGAUCUAAUAUAAAAUUUUGCAUUAUUAUUAUCAAAAUGAUUUACAAAUUGAUUGUGAGCGAUGAUUUUUGUUUCAUAAUUACAUGUACAUUAUAAGGUUCUUUAAAUGUGGUCCACUUGGAUGGAUAAUAAAACACACAUAUUCUUGUAA